AACGACAACUCCAAAACCACAGAAUACGACCGCUACCCAAAGCGGCUGUCUGGCUCGAGAGUCAGCUCCAUCCACUCCUCCAACUCUAAAACUCCUUCCUACGUCAACAAAAGCAACAUGGACACCGACUCCUUCUCCAACUCCAGCGACAGAUCCUCCAACCCGUUCUUGGUCGACACCGACUUCUCGCCCUUCGGCGGCUAUCCUGCCUCUUCUUUCCCUCUAAUGAUCGACGAAAAGGAGGAUGACGACUAUCUACACAACCCAGACCCAAUACAGGAUGCCGAGUAUGAGAAGCACCGUAUAUGGUACGAUUUCAAGUCCAUGGACAAGAGAUACUCCUUAGCCCUCCUAGGCUUGCUCUUUUUCUUGUUUGGUGGUGCUGCAUUGUUUGUUGUUUUGCCUGCAGUCACUUACACAAACGUCGCCGGCCACCACGAUAAACUCAGUGCUAAUAGAAACUCAACUGUAGGAUCCGGUGCAGUUAUUCUCUCGGAUUAUGUCUACCCUCAACUAUCUGCCAUCAGAACCGAUAUGGUCGACCCAGACACCCCAACACAAUUCCACACAAGAAAGGCAAAAGAUGGAUCCCUGUGGAAGUUGGCAUUCUCAGACGAGUUUGCCGCUGAGGGCCGGACCUUCUACGACGGUGAUGACCAGUUCUGGUACGCUCCUGAUUUCCAUUAUGAUGCUACUAAGGAUUUGGAAUGGUAUGAUCCGGACGCUGUUACAACGAAAAAUGGUACUGCCCACUUAAGAAUGGAUGUCUUCAAGAAUCAUAAUCUGUAUUACAGAUCCGGUAUGUUGCAUACAUGGAACAGAAUGUGUUUCACUCAAGGUAUCAUGGAAAUCUCCGCCAAAAUGCCAAACUAUGGUAACGUCACCGGUUUGUGGCCAGGUAUGUGGUCCAUGGGCAACUUGGGACGUCCUGGUUACAUGGCAACAACUGACGGUGUCUGGCCUUACUCAUAUGAUUCCUGCGAUGCAGGUAUAACGCCUAACCAGUCAUCUCCAGAUGGGAUCAACUUUUUACCGGGUCAAAGGUUGAGCUCUUGUACUUGUGAAGGUGAUGAACAUCCAAACAGAGGUACUGGAAGAGGUGCUCCUGAAAUCGAUAUUAUUGAAGGUGAAGUUGACACCAACAUCAGGGUCGGUGUUGCCUCCCAAUCCAUGCAGAUUGCUCCAAUGGAUAUCUGGUACAUGCCGGACUACAAUUGGAUUGCUAUUCACAAUAACUCGAUCACUACGAUGAACACAUACGCAGGAGGUCCAUUCCAACAGGCUGUUUCUGCAACCACAACUAUGAACACCACUUGGUACGAAUUGGGUAACUCUACGAGCUAUUUUCAAAAGUAUGCUUUUGAGUAUUUGAAUGAUAAUGACGAUGGAUAUCUGAGAUGGUUUAUUGGUGAUGAUCCAACUUUUACAGUCUAUGCCAAUGCCUUGGCUCCAAAUGGUAACAUCGGAUGGCGUAGAAUCUCCAAGGAACCAAUGUCUGUUGUUGUCAACUUGGGUAUCUCCCAGAACUGGGCUUAUAUCGAUUUCCCUUCUAUUAAAUUCCCAGCAACAUUUGAAAUUGACUAUGUCAGAAUUUAUCAACCAAAUGAUAGUAUCAGUAUUACGUGUGAUCCUGAAGAUUAUCCAACCGUCGAUUACAUCGACGCACAUCCAAAAGCAUACAAUAUUUGGAAUUAUACCUUAUGGAACCAGACGGGUUACUCUACGCCGAGAAAUAACUUGACCGGU